AUGACUACAGAAGGGAGUUUUAUACAGCCAACCAUUCCUCGCUUUGAUGGUCACUAUGACCAUUGGAGCAUGCUGAUGGAAAAUUUUCUACGAUCUAAGGAAUUUUGGGGGUUGGUGGAGCCUGGCUAUAUUGAGCCAGCAAGUGACUCUGUGCAGACAGAUGCACAGGGAAAGAAGAAUGAUGAUUUGAAGCUGAAGGACCUGAAAGUGAAGAACUAUCUCUUCCAGGCGAUCGACCGGACCCGUUCUUGA